GCGCGGAGGAAGGCGCCAGCCACGCGCGCGCGCGGCCUCUCAGGGCCUUGCUGGCUUCCUCGGUUCUUCGGUUCACUUUGGGACCCGGCCGCUGCCUGCGGCCUUCUCACGGGCGAAGCCCUGCUCGGGGUUCUUCUGGCCUCCAUCCAGGCAAAACCAGCGAGGAGCUGUUUCUGGUGUGGCCGGGUCUCCUGCGGCCGAAGGGCACCUCCCGGCCACGCUCGCUGUUGUGAAGGAGCGCGUCGGCCUGGGGCUCGUUGGGGUGAUUUUCCUCGGUGGUGGUGGUCGCUCCUAAUAGGGGCGGCGGCCAAUCACUCAAACAGCCCUCAGGUGCUUCCCUGCUGGCCUCCUUUUGAAGUGGUGUUUAUUUUUAUUUCGCUAUUAUUUUGUAAUGGGAAUGUCUUUCUUAGAAACUAAUUGGCAACUGAUGGAUAAAAACAAAACAUAGUAAAUGUCCGUGGACUGCAGAAUGCACAGCCCUGCGAGGGGCUCCGCGCACAGAUCCUGCUCCCCAGGCCGGGAACCCGGCGCCACGGCACAGAUCUGGCUCCUGGAGACGCAGGCGACGUAAUGUAAGACGAUAUUACUUUAAUCAUCUUCACAUCAGUAUUUAUUGAGUAGCCACAGGUGCCUUAUCCUUUAAUAGGAGUUAAUGAUACAUUUAUUGCCCAAGUAAACAUCUCCGAAUGUCACUCCAUGGAUUCCUUUGGGCAACCCAGACCAGAAGAUAAUCAGUCAGUAGUGAGCAGAAUGCAAAAGAAAUACUGGAAAACUAAACAGGUCUUUAUCAAAGCAACAGGAAAAAAAGAGGAUGAGCACUUGGUGGCAUCUGAUGCUGAACUGGAUGCUAAACUUGAGGUUUUUCACUCCAUUCAAGAGACAUGCACUGAACUUCUGAAGAUAGUCGAGAAAUACCAGCUAAGACUCAAUGUUAUAUCAGAGGAAGAAAAUGAGCUAGGGCUCUUUUUAAAGUUUCAAGCGGAACGGGAUGCAACUCAAGCUGGCAAAAUGAUGGAUGCCACUGGCAAGGCACUCUGUUCUUCAGCCAAGCAAAGAUUGGCCCUGUGUACUCCUCUGUCUCGUCUGAAGCAAGAAGUAGCAACAUUCAGUCAAAGGGCGGUAUCUGAUACCUUAAUGACAAUUAAUCGGAUGGAGCAGGCGCGCACAGAAUACAGAGGAGCUCUGCUGUGGAUGAAAGAUGUAUCCCAAGAGCUGGACCCAGACACCUUAAAGCAAAUGGAAAAGUUUAGAAAAGUACAGAUGCAAGUAAGAAAUAGCAAAGCUUCUUUUGACAAGUUAAAGAUGGAUGUUUGUCAGAAAGUGGAUUUACUUGGAGCUAGUCGCUGCAAUAUGCUAUCUCAUUCACUCACUACCUACCAGAGAACACUGCUUGGAUUCUGGGAGAAAACAGCUCGAAUGAUGUCCCAAAUUCAUGAAGCCUGUAUUGGCUUUCAUCCAUAUGAUUUUGUAGCUCUCAAGCAACUACAAGGCACUCCAAGCAAGCUUAGUGAAGACUAUAAAGAAGAACAAAUAGGCGGUUUUCUUUCUGAACACCUCAAUAAGCUACUUUUGUCUGAUGAGGAAGCAAGCUUUGAGAGUGAACAAGCAAACAAAGAUCACAAGGAAAAACAUUCUCAAAUGAGAGAAUUUAGAGCACCUCAGUUUUCUAACUCUGAAAAUGUAGUCGCAAAAGAUCUACCUGUGGAUUCACUGGAAGGAGAAGAUUUUGAGAAGGAAUUCUCAUUUCUGAACAACCUCCUAAGUUCUGGUUCUUCAAGUACUAGUGAAUUUACCCAAGAAUGCCAGACUGCCUUUUGGAGCCCCAGUGCCAGUCUCACGUCCCAAGAGCCUUCCAUGGGGUCUGAGCCCCUUGUUCAUUCUUCUCAAUUCCUUCCUUCACAACUCUUUGACCUUGGCUUUCAUGCGGCUGGAGCGUUCAACAGCUGGGUCUCCCAAGAGGAAUCAGAGUUUCGUCUUUCUGAUAGCCAGCCAGUGCCUUCACAGAGUCCAAAGAAAUUAACAAGAUCCACCAACAAUGGUAACCAAGACAUGUCAGCCUGGUUCAAUCUAUUUGCAGACUUGGAUCCACUUUCAAACCCAGAUGCUAUUGGACAUUCAGAUGAUGAACUUCUUAAUGCUUGACUGAAGUUAUAAUGUCACUUCAACGGCCUUGAGAUAUCAAUUUUGCAACAUAUUUCCUUUGUGGAAAGGAGUUUAUAUUGUAACCUACACACAAAAGCAUGGUGUUUCUGAAUAUAACACCUGUCAGCCAACUUUAGACAGAUGGCAAAGACCACAUUUGAAUAGGUUAAGUACAUCUUUCAUAUCUUGGAUUUGCAGCUGUUAGUACUAUGUGGAAAAUAUUAGAAACUACGGAGUCUGCAAUAUUUAGAUACUGGAAUUUAUGUCAAAAUAACGGCUAGGAAUAAUUGUCAAUAUGGAGUUGAGUUUAUUUCUUUGGAAACCUUUUUAUCUUUAAGUUGCCUUGCUGGCUGUGAGAUAAAAAUUUUAUAUGUGGAUAAAAAAGAUAGCAUGUAAAUUGGGUAGUAGUUUGGGGUCAGUUUUUGAAUGACAUAGUGGCAGGGAGUAUUUUCUGUUUUAGAAAAUAGCAUUAGAACCAGAUCAGCUUUGUUUUGGGUUAGAGAGGUAAAAUAAGAUUUGAGAACUCAGUUUGCUUUAAUGAAAUCACAAAGAAAAUUUGCUACUUGUUUUUUUUCAUUUGGAGGCUAAAAUGUAAUGUUUUUUUAUUAACACAAAAUAAUGGACACUUCCUAUAUUAUUAAAUCUUCAAGGGGAAGCAGCAGGGUAAUUAAUUUGCUAAGCCCAUUCUCUGUAGAAACAGAAAAAUCUAUCUUCCCGUCUCCUAAACCUCAGAAUGCAUAGUAAUACUUAAGACUUGGGCAAGUAUCUUCAGACCCACUCUUUCAUACACUUGCUAUAUAUUAUUAUGCCAUUAUGCAGUAUUUAUAUUAUUCCUGAAAAUAAAAUGGGGGGGGGAGGAGAAUAUUCCCUAAGCAACCGGCAGUAGUAGUCCUGAAAUACCUCGAAAUUUCUAUCUGAAUGAGGGAGACACUUAUGAACAUCUUAUCCUUACAUAUAUUUGUAUAUUUUGUGACAUAAUUUAACCCAGAAUACUUUCUGGCAGAGAUACAGAAAGCUCUGUGUGAUCAAUAAGGGAGUGUCUCAUUUUUCUACUUCCCUCUUUCUGUGGGUGACAUCAUCUGAGGCUCUAUUUGAUUAUUAAGCAAAAUCUGUUACCCCUACAGGGUUUAGAACCUAAGUAUUAGAGGGGAAGUCUAUUUAAUGGAAGUUAGUGUAAGCUGAUAAAAACAGAGCUACUGUACACACAUGUCAAUCACUCAAUUUCCUGUCCUUUUUCUUAGCCACCCUUUAAUUUUGAAGCAGUUUCCCAAGUGUUUUAUGUUUGUCAUCCAGUCCAUUGCAUUUCCAUAAGAUGACGUUUUGACUAAAUUAUUCACCAUGGUUUCCAUGUGCUCUUAGUCCUAUUCUAAACAUGCUUACUUAGAAGAUAAUUGCUUGUGAUGUUCAAGUCAUAGUAUGUAUAAAACAUUGGACCAGAGUAGGUAAAACACAGUCCACCUCCCAUUCACAGUCAUCUACAAUAGUAACUUCCCACAAGCUCUAAAUGGCCAACGACUGUAUAGGCUGGAACAACCUUAUCUGAGGGUCAGAAACAUCAACUCAGAAAAAAGGUAUGAAGUCUUUUCUUAAAAUCUUUUCACAAUAUUAUUCCUAUUUCUUUGAUUUUAAUGAGUCAUUAUUUAUCUCUUCAGAAGCACUGUCUUCCUUUAUAAUCAGUUAAAUUUCCCAGAAUGCAAUACUGUCAUUGUUCUGCCAAGUUCCAAUAGAAAGAUCAUGAUUAUGAAUCCCAAUCUGAAUUCUAUACCCAUGGUGACUCUGGUGCUCUCAACUUUUGAGUGCCU